AUGACAGAAUUCACUGAGUUACAAUUAUCCGCUAAAGUGGGAGGGAAAGUUUGCAGCACUGGGAUGCCUUCACAUAAGUUACAGGAUACUGAGAAACUUGUUUCAGUGGUGAAACAGUCGUGCAAGCGUACUCUUGACUCAAGCUAUUCGAAUGUAAAUUCUACCAAGAGAAUUUGCUGGGUCGAUUAUCAAGAUGAGGCAGGCGAUGAACUGACACGCGUACCUUCUACGUCACAAAAUCGGUGUGAUAGUCAAAGGAUGUUUUUUAAGCUUCCGGAUGCUAAUCCAGUUUCCUUGGGCCAGUCAACAGCAUGCAAACCAGACCAAUCUGUGCCUUCAGAACGUCGUAUAGGAUACUAUUCAAAAUUUCCUGAGGAUCAACUUAGGCUGGGUGGUCAUAAAUAUCCUACGAGUCGGAAAUCGCCCUCAUAUUGUCUGCCGUAUUCAAUGCACAUGGAUAUCGAUCCGACGCAGUCAGAAAAAGAUGAUGAUGUAGCUCCCUUAUUGUCUCCUCAUCUCUUAACAAGGUUCGCAGCUCCUUCGACAGCUGCCUCACCAGCUUCCUCAUUUACCAACUCUGUCAUCUCGGCUUCCAGGAAAAAUCAUGCCUUAGUUGAAGAUACCAAAGAUGAUUUGAUUGAUAGUUCUCCUGUUUAUAUCCCUGGAGUAGACUUACUAGUGGAUGAUUCUGAUUUCGCACUAUUGAUCUUAUUUCCAGUUUUAGCAGAACACCGAUAUUCAAACGUUGCUCAAGGCACACAUCCUCGGCUGCGACAAUUGAGCAAGGCCACCAAAGAUCGCUGUGCUCAGCUAAGGCAACGCAGGCGGGCUCAGCCAGUCGAAAGACUACCGUUACCUGCUUUGCACUUGCACUUAUCCAAAGAUGGCACAAGCCCGUUGCCUCCUGGUUGGCAAAGAGCUCCAAACACCAAACGCUCUACAGAAAGCCAAGAUUCCGCAGAUAGUUCUGGCACAUAUGCUUACUACUACUACCAUGUUCGCACCCGUCAAACUCGUUGGGACCCUCCCGUGUAUCCAUGGGAUGCGGAUCCAACUGAUACACUUUUGGGUGAAACUGGAGAAGACGACCCAGAAGCUCCUUAUAAUUGGGGUUGUGCAUCGAGAUUCGCUGUCACGCACGAAGAAAUCGAAGCUAUGUACAAUCGUGUGCGUCAGCGAAUUCUUGAACGUCAAUGUAUUGAUCUUUUGCAUGAACUGGCAGGUUUUGCUAUUGAGCUAUUCACUCUUGUUCACAAUACACUACGCGACUUUCGUGAUGCUCGGUGCAAAAUUGGUCGUAUAGUUAACGAUGAAGACUUAUACUACUUAACAAAGAAGUUAGCACAAGCUGUAAUUCUUAAAGAGAUUCAGAAGUUUCAUCAAACUCAGGCAGCGAAUACUUCCUUGUUUUCAACAGUUCUUACGCCUGAACUUCCUCCAGUGUACAUGGAAUCUAAAGGUGCGUUCUACCAUCGUCGAGUUCAACAAAUACCUCCAUCUUCAAUAACUCGUCCAGAGCAACUUUCUCAUUCAAAACCUGAACCUACUUCCCGACAAACUGUCAACAAUAAUAUCCAUUCUCGAUCGGUAACCCAUCCCCAGAACUUUACCAAUGUAACUCGUUUACAUUUAAAUCAUGUAGACAAUGUUUUCUCACGGUCUACAACUCCACUUAACACCGCUAUCGGUCCAGCACGUCGCUAA